UUCCAGUACGAAUUCCGCCAUGUUGAGGGUCUGUGAGAAACUCAGUGAGGCGGACGCGAAGGGCAGGCGGUACGGACUAGCCCGUGCGGAGACAGGCUACCUCCGUGCCCUGGUGGACGCCGUGGCUGACAAGGACAGGCUGGCGGAAGUGGAGCUACUCAAAAGUCUGGGUGACGUGAACUUGGAGAAGGGAAGACGCGAGAAGGAUGUAGGGAGGUUCAACAUGGCCUUGGCGCUUUACGUGGCUGCUAUGGUCCGGUGUGGCCAUCGGGAUCAGGGGGAUGGUAUAGAACACCGAUACGAAUACGCGGAGAGACUUUUACAAGGGGUGACGUCAAAGGGGUCACAGGGUCAGGAACCACAAACUGAAGACAAGGAGACGACUACACCUGCAAAGGUGGCUCUGAAGUUUCAAAACCUCGACAAGAAACGGGCUGCCGGUGGUAACACAGACUCCAUGCUGGUUGGAUACGCACAAUUAAUAGUAGAGGGAAUAGUAAACGAGAACAACAUGUUAGAAACAGAAGCGAUCAAAAGCCUCGGUGACGUGUACCUGAAAAGAGGAACAGAAACUAGAGACACUAGAAACUUGACCAGAGCUACUGCCCUGUACAACACGGCACUGGCGCGGUGUAACAACGUUCAGGGAACAGUUGCCAUUGUCCACCGCUUGCUGUACACAGCAAAAAUCAGACAGGACAUCACCACAAAAAGCAUAAAGAAGUCAACUCGGACACAACGACAACAAGACGUGCACAAACGAAAGGACCACAUCUCUCCCUUCUCAAAUGCAACCUCAAGUGACAACACUAAUGACCGAAUGCGCCGUCCACACAGUACCCCGGAAGUACAAAAAGUUGAAACCUCGACAGGAGUCAACGAUGACAUUGUAUACGAAGAACAUCUACAGGAUGGCUGCAGGGCCCUGCAGACUGGAGACCUGGACAAGGCAGAACAAAGUUUUGCAGCUGCGCUCAAGUCUGUUCAUGUCAAAGGUCAACACAUGGAAGAGGUAGAGACCCUGUACAUGUUAGGCAGAGUCUAUCUCAAAAGAGGAAUCCAGUCAAAGGACGGAGGCGACUUCACCAAGGCUGCAGCACUCUGUAAUGCAGCUCUGGUAAGAUCGAGUAGAGAAGAUAUUGAGGAAGCAAUCAAGGAAAUAACUCAUGCAUUUGUUAAGGAAGUCCUAAAGAUCGAACAGAAGGUAGACAGUGAUGAUACAGAGAAACACAAAUUGAUGCUGAAGGCGGAUAGGGGCUAUGUACAAGAAGAGGUCACAAGAAUUGAACAAGAAGUAGAUCCUUAUAGCCUUGAUGACGAGGACCCAAAGAUAAAAGAUGUCGAGAUGAAGAGGGUGGAAGCAAUCAAAACAUUGUGUCAGACACUGGUUCAUCAGCGUAAAGUGUUCAUAGCUGGCCUUGUAGAUGAAUGCAUGGGGGUAAUGCGCCCCCCUCCCUGUAAGUACGCCAUGAUAGGUUUGGGUUCACAAGCCACAGGAUUGGUAACACCCUACUCUGAUCUGGAAUUCGCCCUUUUGGUAGAUAAGGAAACUGAGGAAAAUGUUAGUUAUUUCCGUAACCUCACACAUUAUCUGCAUCUGAAGGUGAUAAAUUUAGGUGAGACCAUCCUCCCUGCCAUGGCGAUUAAGUCUCUUAAUGAUUUCUACUCAGACGACCCACUGGACAACUGGUUCUAUGACUCAGUAACACCGCGCGGAUUUGCGUUCGAUGGAGCCAUGCCACAUGCAUGCAAGACUCCCUUGGGCAGGGGUAGAAACAGUACAGGAACAAGCGAACUCAUCCGCACACCAAGCAAUAUGACCAACGUUCUGAAAGAAGACCUUACUCUCCAUUUAAAGAAAGGCUACCAUCUUGCUAGUAUACUGGGAAAUGUGUCUUUUAUCACAGGAGACCAGGGCUUGGUAGAUGAGUAUAGGUCGUUAUGGGCUCAGCAACUUCAAAACAAUAAUGGGAGAGGUCCGCUGGUAAUGGCAAUCAAUUUACUGGGUGAAAAUGUAUCGACUUUUGAAACUCAGGCUCUCACAGCCGAACUGCGAAAUGUUAAGACAGAAAUCUAUCGGUUUUCAAGCCUUGCAGUGUCCUUUUUGGCACUACUUCAUAACAUACAACCGACCACAAUCUGGGAAACUAUCCAGGAGCUAAGAAACAGUGGAGUCAUCGAUAGUGAGAACUCACAUCACCUGAUGGUGCUGGUCAGUAUAUCAGCAGAACUGAGGCUGCGGACAUAUAUGACCAAUCGUGGUCAGGUAGAAAACAUGUCAGUCUUAUGGUCAAUGUCGACCAAUACCGGCAUUGAAGAGAAAUUACAGAAAGUGUUUUACAUCUCAAGUCCAAAACAACUCAUGAGAUAUUACUAUACAGAAAGACCCCUGAAGCACUUUAUAUCACAGUUGACCGACACUCAUUCCCUAAAAGAACCACCAAUCUUCUUUGACAAUUCUUCAGAGCUGAAAGCAGAGGUACACAUGAACUUCCACGUCCCCAGCGGGGGGAGUGACACGGCCGGCCGCAUGGUGGUCCCGGAGGACACCUUACGUCAGACCCAAAAUGUCAUCGGGCAGGUCUCUACCAUGACCAGCCCAGAUCUACAGCAGAGGCUACAGGAUCUCGACACUUUCAUACAGAACCUGAUGACAUGUGAGUCCAGGCCUGUAGUCGGACUGACCGUGUCCGUGGUCAAGGACGGCCAGACCAUUUUCGCCAAGGGGUACGGCCAAAGGGACCUGCAGACUGGACAGGCUGUGGACAACAGGACUCUCUUCGGAGUCGGCUCCAUCUCCAAGUCCUUCACCUCAGCCCUGUUAGCGGCCAUUCUCGGGGAGAGGGAAGACGUGAGCUGGGACACCGUCCUGACGGACAUCCUGGGGCCGUCCUUCAGGUUCAGGGACCAGUUCC